AUGCGAAAACAUGCACUCACGUCAGGAACAAUAAAAGCUAUGUUGAGUGGUCCAGGACAAUUUGCUGAAAAUGAAACAAAUGCAGUAAAUUUGAGAGAGAUUCCUUCCCAUGUUCUAUCCAAAGUAUGCAUGUAUUUCACCUACAAGGUUCACUACACUUGCAGCUCCACAGAGAUCCCAGAAUUUUCUAUUGCACCUGAAAUUGCACUGGAAUUACUGAUGGCUGCAAACUUCUUAGAUUGUUAAAUAAAAUAAAUUACAAUAAAAAGGUAAACUUUCCCCAG